CUCCCUUGUGUGGCAAAUGUGCUCAUGCACGCAUUUUUAAUUGGCUUUCAACCUUACUGUGUUGUGCAUUGCUUGAAGGAGACGAAGGAGUGUUUUUUUACGCUCAGGUCAAACAUCAUUACGUCAUGUGCUGUACUAUUAUUAAGCAUUAUUUUCUCCUUGAAGAUCGUGGAUGAAGAGAGAGAAAAUUAUGCAGUAAAUCCUGCUGAAGUCGAGCUCUUUAUGUGAACAUUAUCUAGAGUAAAUUGUUUCCUAUUUUUGAAACACAGACUUGUUGCAUUAUGAGGACCAACAGAUGCCCCACACAAAAUCUCCCAGUUGCUGAGAAUGCUAGGAUACUACUCAGUUCCUAGAUCGAAACAGUGUAGUUUAACAGAAGUAUUAAACGCUGGUUGGAAUUUAUCUCAAAAGAGUUUUACAGAAUGUUUAAAGAAGACGGAACAUGAAAGUUUAAAAGAAUUGAUCGAUGUAUUGUUGAAUUCAGAUAUUCGAGAAUAUGGAGUACCAUGGUUAGGAGAUUAUAAAAAAUCGACUCAACUUGAAGCAAAUGGCAGAAUUGUUCAACUUACUCGAUUACGUAAUAUCAGUAUACCACAAGCUGUUGAAGAUAUGAUGAUGACCACUUCUACAGAUAAUCGUGGACCUUGUCUACUUCGAUUAACAUUUACUGAUGGUCGUAAUACAAUAACCGGUUUAGAUAUGCAGGAUAAAACAGAUUUGAGUAUGGAUAUUCCGCCGGGGACAAAAUUUCGUCUUAUGGGUUCAAUUCCUAUAUCUAUGGGAUUUUUACUAUUGUCAAAAAAUCAUCUCAAAGUACUCGGUGGUACAGUGACUAAUUUAAUACGUGAAUGGAAUAUGACCAAGUUUCUUAAAGGUACUGAAAAUCGUAAUAUCACUGGUGGAGCUCCAGUGUUUGUUCCAUUCGGUAGUCGUGAAGCUACAGACUUGAUACAAAGUGAAGGAAAAUUUCUGAGUCAACUUCGAUCAGAUCGUGAAAAUAAUCAAAUGAAAUUCGAUUCAUUCCAAAUGGCAACAACACGUAAUGAACCACAAGAGGAGAGUGAAUUACAAGCUAUAUUCAAUGAACAACGUAAAGAAAUCCUGGCUGAAUUAAAAGCAUCCAACUCUACUUCUUCUUCUGCUGCUGGUCGUGGUGGGGAUAAGACUGUUUCAAAUUAUCAUAAUGUGAAUAGAACAUUCUCAGGCAGUACAACUAGACGAUUUAAACCUGGUUUAUCCAAAUUUUAUCAAUUACAAUUACAAAAAUCUGAAGAAUACAGUCUCGCCAUCAGUCAGUUAUUAUCAUUGGGGUAUCCAUAUCAGUUAGCAAGUAGUGCAUUGAAAAUUAAUCGUGGUAAUUAUCAAGCUGCAGUUGACUAUCUUCUUUCAAAGUCUGCAUCAACAUCUAUGCAUUUGGAUGAGAAUCCAGUGAAUAAUCAUCAGACACCGAUGAUUUCUGCUUCAUUGACACGUGGAUCUAGACCACCAUAUGGUGGUGGUAGAGGAAGUCGUGGUGGUCGUGGUGGUUCAUCACAUGGUCGAUUUAAUUCAAUAGACGGCGAUGAGAUGAAUUCAUCUCGGUUCCAUUCAUCAUCAGCAGAUACUCUACAGAGUAGACCAUCAACUGGAUUUGUCCGACUUGAUGAUUUAAUUAUUGAUUCAAUGCCAACAAAAUCAACACCAGCACCACCAACAACAAAAGAUGCCCAUCAGACAGUUAACCAUCGAUUAAAACCACCUGUUAAUCAGGUACUGUCUGUUGGUUGUCCAAUUUUAGCACAGAAUAUAUCUGGUGAUUAUGAAGAAGCUCAAUUAAUUGGUUAUCUCUCAUCAGAACAAUUAAAGUUGUCCAGCAGUAAUACUGGUGGCGGCAGUUCAGGCGAAAAGAUUGUUCUUGUCGCCUAUCUACAUCCUGAUAAUGCUACAGGGAAAAUUAAUAUAGAAGAAGAAAUUGUACCAAUCAGUUUGAUAAGAACAAUGAAUCGAGAGAAAAUAACUAUAGAUAUGGUACCUCCAGCACCGGCUGACCGUGUAAAACCUUAUGGAUCUUCAUCAAAUUCAGCAUCUAUGAAUUCCAAUCAAUUUGAUGAUAUUCACUUUAGCCAUCAGCCAUAUCCUACAUCGGGCAGAGGAUAUCGAGGGAACAGUCGUGGUGGUGGUCGUCGAGUAUUUAGCGCAAGAGCCAUCAGACGUAUCUCAUCCUUUCUUUCUCUUAAAAGCGGCAACUCAGCCUUGCGUCCAGUAAAUUAUGGCCUAAGUUAUUGUGACCUUGUUUCUACUGGAUUAUGCAGACUAUGUCAACCCGUGGAUUUGAAUAUGGGAAGAUGUGAAGAAAUAUUAGACAUAAUAACUGACAAUACACUGAGAGCUUUGAAAACUGUAGAUGAUAAGUCUUUGAAGGGGAUGAAAAUGCUAAACACCUUCUUAGAAAAGAAAUCUGGAUUGUUGAAACCCGGUCGAUAUUUGUGUUUAGAUUUCAAAGGAAAGUAUUAUCGUUUAGUUUUGACAACUGUAUCAGAAGACAUCCAAGAGAUAAAAAAAGAAGAAGAGUAUUACUUUAUUUCUCGUCAGUUAAGAUCCAGCAAUGCAGAGACGGUGUUUAACUACAUUGCAGAAACUAUACAUGAUUUCUAUAUUCUUAAAAAUAUAAAUGAAGAAAAUAUACCUCUUGGCAUAUGUUUCAUGUUUCCAAUGAAACAGACAAGUAUACGAGAUGGUUAUGUGAUAAAAUGGGUUAAAGAAUUUUCAAUCAAUAGUCUUAUAGGAUUAAAUUUUCCAGUAAAAUUACAAGAAGCUCUCAAAAGAAGGGGAUUAAAAGUAUCAGUAACUGCUAUUGCAAAUGAUGCAGUUUGUGUAUUUUUUGCUUGCGCAUGGAAAGAUAAUGAUUGUGCUCUUGGUUUGAAACACAGUCAUGGUUCAAAUAUUUGUUGUCUAGAAAAAGUCAGUGAUGUACCAAAAUUGUCUCGAUCAGAAAAUCCUGGAAAUUCGCUAUUAUUGUUGAAUGCUGAAUGGGGACAAAUUGGUGAAGAUGGAUGCUUAGAUGAUUACUUAACGGAAUAUGAUAAACUGAUAGACAAAUUUUCUUCUGAACCAGGAUGUUGUAUAUAUGAAAAGUUAAGCAGUGGAAUAUACAUUGGUGAACUAUGUCGUGUAAUUAUGUUGAAAGCUGUUGAAGAAAAAUUAUUAUUCGGCGGUGUUGCCCCCCCAGAACUGCUAACAACUCCAAAUAUUUUAACCUAUGAACAUGUCUUUCUUAUUGAUCGUGAUCCACUAAAUGUUUGUUUCGGUGCUGAAAUGGUUCUACGACAACGUUUUAAAAUGACUGAAAUUCACCGGAAAGAUUUAGUUGGUGUUCGUUAUAUCAGUUUUGUGGUGAUUAAUCGAGCUGCACAUUUAGUUGGUACUGCUUGUGCUGCACUUAUUAAUCAAUUGAAACGAAAACGAGUUACAAUCGCUGUAGAUGGAACAUUCUUUCGAUUGAGUAAAACAUUUACUGAUGUGUUGAACCGGACUAUUAGUAAAUUAAUACCAGAAAGAUAUUCUUUCAAACUUCACUUAGUAGAUGAUGCGAGCGCUGAUGGGAUAACAGCUAUCAUCUCAACAUUACGUGGUGAUUUACCGCAUCGUUUAAGUUAUGCAGCAGAAUUUGAUCUGGAUUCAGAGUCAGAGGAAAGCAGAGAACUUGAAGCAAUUCUUCUACAAGAAAGUCUUGAUGUAUAAUAUAAUAUUUAUCACCGUGCGACCGAAAAUUUGUACAAAUAUACAUGCCUACGUAUAUGAUGUGUCAAGUUCCUUCCAAUUAAAUAAGCACAGGAUACAUUUAGAGAUGUACUUUUCAGGUGUACAUAUUUAAGGCUAAUUCACCAGUACUACUGUAAUCUAUAUAUGUGUUUUUGCAUGUGAGUGAG